UCUUUCAUCGUCUCCUGCAACACAAACAUUCUCUGCCUUCAGCCACUCUUCAGCUUGUUCUCCUCCUUCAACGCUGCCACUGACGUCACCCGUUCUCUUCCUUCAAUGUCGCCACAGGUUCUUCCUUCGACAACUCUCUGUCUCUCUCACCUCUCUGUCUCUCUUACUUAAACGGCAGCGAGCAACGAUCGGAGAUCGGCGACAGUGGCGGCGAGCAGGGAUCGAAACCUCAAUUGGAAGGAUAUUUGAUCAUGCACUGAAAGACCAAAUUCAAAAUCGGGCCUUGUCCACUCUUUAUCUAUAUGUAUAUCUUUGUUGGAUACAAAAAGAUCAACUACUUCUCCCAUGUUUCAUUUCUUUCGAAGUCAACACAUCUACGAGUCACCUACACCUGUUAAUCCUAAGACCGUUGGUGCAAGGCUGCCCAAGCUUGGAAGACAAGGAGAAACUUGAGAAGCAAUUGCAUGAUAUGGCAGUGGUGGUUGAGAGAUUGGAGAGCAGCAGACAGAAACUGCUAAUGAAGAUUGAUUCCCAAUCUUCAGAGAUAGACAGGGUUUUUGAGGAAAAUUCUAAUCUUUCAUCUGCUUAUCAAGAGGCAAUGGGUGUAGUAGUGCACUGGGAGAAUCAGGUAAAAGACUGUCUUAAGCAGAAUGAGGAGCUCCGCAACAUGUUAGAUAAGUUGAGGACAGAACAAGCUAAUGCACCAGCAUUGAAUGGCAUGGAGAGCCAGAGAGGCCUUUUAGAAGCAAAGAAAGAUGGGGGAAAUGAGAUUGGUUCCCAGACAUAUAUAGCUGAAAUUCUUUCCAUCAAGGGUCAACUUGCUAAAGAACAGAGCAGAGCAGAAGCACUAUCAGCAGAGGUCUUGCAGCUCUCAGCACAACUCCAACAGGCCACACAAGCAUACAAUGGUCUUGCACGACUCUAUAAACCUGUAUUGCGGAGCAUUGAGAGCAAUCUCCUUAAAAUGAAGCAAGAUGGUUCUGUGAUGGUGCAGUGAAGAUGCAGAGCAGUUUCAGGAUUGAUCAAACCCCUUGGUGGCAUAUCCCAUGUGGAAAUCAGUGGCUUUUGUAGACAAGGGUCCCGCUUACAGCAGGGUUUGUGAAAGUUCGUUAACUUACCCCUACACGGUGACAAACUAAGGGAAUAUCUGAUGGGGGUUCAUACACAUUUUUUAAAAUUUUUUAUUUUGGUGCCAUAAACAAUUAAACAUUUAGUACAUGUAAUGCUAACCAUUGUAGAUUAUGAAUUGCUCUUAAAUAUAACAUCAUUUAUUCAAAA